AAAUCAAAUAGAGAACAAAAAAAAAAUGAUUUUAAACAGAAUUGCAAUAAAUAGUCGGUCGAUAUGUAGAACUGCAAAAUAUUUAAGACCUAUUGGAAACAUCAGCCAAUCAAGUGAUGUCAAUAUUUUUGAUUUAUUUAAUACAAAAAGAUUGCAAAAAGAGCGAGCGGCUAAGAAGGAAGAUGUUGAAUUGUAUGACUAUAUAAAAGAAGAAAUUGGUUUCCGAUUGUCAGAUAGAUUAUUUGAUAUCAAGAAAGAGCUCAAAAAUGGUGUUGAUUUUGGAGGAGGAAGGGGAUAUCUAUCAAAAAAUAUUCUAGCUGAAACAUUACAAAAUCUUAAAAUUUAUGAUAUUAGUGAGACGAUGCUGAAUCAAACUCAAUCAACUCCGGGAGUUAAUAUUGAAAAAAAUGUUCUUAAAAGCGAAUAUCUGGAUUUGCCUGAGAAUAGCCAGGAUGUUGUAAUAUCUAAUCUUACAUUUCACUGGUUCAACGAUCUUCCAGGAAUUUUCAGAUCAAUUAAUUACUGCCUUAAGUCUGAUGGAGUUUUUCUUGCAUCAAUGUUUGGAGGAGAAACUUUAUAUGAACUAAGAUCAGCACUUCAUUUAGCAGAACAAGAGAGAAGAGGUGGUUUAUCACCGCACAUUUCGCCCUUUGCACAAAUCAGAGACAUAGGAGGGCUACUAAACAGUUCAGGAUUUACUAUGUUAACUAUUGAUACUGACGAGAUGGUUAUUGGAUAUCCUAGUAUGUUUGAACUUCUACAUGAUCUUAAGGGAAUGGCUGAAAAUAAUGCAGCAUUUAAUCGUCCAUUGACAUUAAGCAGAGAUGUUCUUCUUUCAUCAGCUGCAAUUUAUAAUGAAAUGUACAAAAAAACGAAUCCCGAAACAAAUGAGGUAGGUAUUCAAGCCACAUUUCAAGUCAUUUACUUCGUUGGAUGGAAGCCACAUGAAAGUCAACAAAAACCUGCUCAGCGAGGAUCAGCUACUGCAUCGUUGAAAGAUUUAGGUACAAUUAUGACUGGAGAAAAGAAAAGAAAGUAAGAGAAUUAAGUUAAUGAAUAAAUGAUCGUAGUCAGUUCUACAUUAUGUGUUAAGAGUAA